CUGAGGCAGAAGGCUUGGAGGCACUGCAAGACUAUAUAGAACCAAAGGAUCCCUUUGUUAUCCAUUAACUCUAAAACUCCAAAAAUUAAGGCCAGGAUCUCUUUCCCCCCCAGUCUCUGAUUUUGUUGUAAUAGAGCCAUGGGAUUGAUUCAGAAUCUACUGAACUUAGUGAUUCCCCCAAUCACUAUAGUUUUUAUUUUUCUCAUUCUACCUUUUCUCUUCGUUUUCAAGUUCAUCAAUUUUAUUUUCAGAAAUCUCUUCCCUGAGAAAAUGAGGGGAAAAGUUGUUCUCAUCACUGGUGCAUCUUCAGGUAUUGGCGAGCAUCUGGCAUAUGAAUAUGCAAAGAAAGGAGCAUAUCUAGUCCUUGUCGCGAGAAGAGAGGAGAGCCUUAGGAAAGUUGCAGAGAAGGCUGGUCGUCUUGGUUCCCCUGAUGUGUUAGUUGUUGCUGCAGAUGUGUCACUAGUUGAUCAAUGCAAGCGAUUCAUUGAUGAAGCUGUGAACCAUUUUGGCCGAUUGGAUCAUCUGGUAUGCAAUGCUGGGAUUGGUAGCUAUUGCGCAUUCGAAGAUAUACCUGAUGUUACAAAGUUUUUACCUUUGAUGGAUGUGAACUUCUGGGGAUCAAUCUAUCCCACUUAUUUUGCAAUUCCUCACCUCAAAAAGUGCAGUGGAAAAAUCAUUGUGAAUGCAUCAGUAGCUGGGUGGAUGAUUGUACCAAGAGGAAGUGUGUAUGGAGCAAGUAAAGCUGCAUUAAUACACUUCUAUGACAAUUUGAGAACCGAAGUAGCCCCGGAGAUAUCGAUAGUGGUAAUUUGUCCUGGUAUUGUAGAAUCAGAGAUUACCCAAGGCAAACAGCUAACCAAGAAAGGGGAAGUUGAAGUUGAUGAAGGAGUAAAAAAUGUCCUACGAGGAACUGGAAUUCCAUUUGAGAGUGCAGGGGACUGUGCAAAGGCUAUUGUGACUGGGGCAUGCCGUGGAGACAAAUACAUCACAGAGCCAUGGUUGUAUAAUAUGCUUUACCUCUUAAGGAUCUUCUGCCCUGAGUUGGUUGAAUGGACUUCCGGCUUGCUACACCGUACCAUGCCAACCCCCACUUGAAACUUGAGACUCGAGACUUGAGACUUGAGACUUGAGACUUGGGACUUAGACACCUGAGGGUGAGAUUGAUAAAACUAUGAGAUGUUAUAUUGGUGCGUUACGUAAACAGCCGGCUUCUUGGUAUAUCCCAUCAAUCACCUUUUGCAUGGAUACUUUUGUUGUUGUAUUGUACAAGAAUUGGGCACUAAAUAUUCAAAGUUCUUAAUAAAGACUAAA